UUAUGUCAGAAAUAGUAAGUCAACACCUUGUUUCUUGAGAAAAGCAGGAAGCGUGUGGGUAUAAUGAAUUUGUAACAAUAGAAAGAUUUCAACUGCAACAGAAGACUUUUGGAUUCCUAUAUGAAAAAUUGAAAGCAAAAGCCAAGGAAAGGGGAGGAUUGAUUCAGCAAGUAGAUCAAGACUAGUAAGAAGAAAGAAUCACAAAAAGAUAUGAAACUCUACUGUAGUCAAAAUCAUACUCAGCUGGCCAGAUGAGCAAAGGGAGACGGGAGGAUUGAAUCGGAAAGUCAAUCGAGGCGAGCAAAGAUACGAUGAAGAAAAUUCGCAAAAAGCUACGAAUGCUGUUAGGGCAGCAGUUUGGUCCAAGCAGAAACACGUCGGAAGCCCUCCUCUCAUCGUUGAUACAGAAGCUGGACAUUACUUAUCGAGAGGGCAGGAAAAUGUACUAUAUAAAUAAGGAUAUGUUAAGGGUAAUUAAAGAGAUGAGAGAGAUUGUGAAUAUAGUGAGGGAUAAGAAAUUGGAAGAGGGGAGAACCCUAAAUUUUUUAGUAUGCGACCUUGUCGAUGUGGCUGAGCAUGCCCUCGAUAUUUUCAAAAAAGGCGAAACCUUUUCUUUAUACUAUGCUUCCAUCCAUAGUUGGAUUGGAGAGAUCAAAAAGCGCAUGCUUAAAUUAGGAGAUGAUGGAGUUGAGAUGGAGUCCAACAUGAGAUCAUUGAAAAAGGAUGAUGAUGACGAAGAAGAUGACAAUUACGUGGUGGGUUUGGACGAAGAUGUGGAAAUGCUGCUUCGCAGAAGCAUUAUUGAUGGGAAAGGAUAUGCAAAGACUGUUCUCAUCAAAGGGAUGUGUGGUGGAGGUGCCAGAUGUUAUAUGGGAAAUGUGUAG